CAAAUUAGACCAAACACGGUCCCGUUCAAAAGACGCUUCAACUUCAAGAAAGCUAACUGGGAACUUUUCACACGAGACCUGGAUCAAGAAAUCUCCAAAAUAAAGCCCGGAAUCCAAUCGUAUGGAGCAUUCACAGAACUUGUAGGCAAAAUCUCACGACAGCACAUACCCAGGGGAUGUCGCACCCAAUACAUUACUGCGCUAAACAACAUCUCGAAGGAAGCCUUAGACAAAUACGAAGAACUGUUUAACGAAGACCCAUUCUCGGAAGAUACAAUCCAAGCAGGCGAGGACCUCUUGCUCAGUAUUUCUGAGUCGAGGAAGGAGAAGUGGUGCAACCUAUUACAGGAAACCGAUAUGAAGCACAACAGCAGGAAAGCAUGGAAACUAGUCAAAAGCCUCAGUGGCGACCCAACAAUCCCCCAGCAUAAGUAUGUAGAUGUCACACCGAAUCAAAUAGCGCACCAACUGCUACUCAAUGGAAGAACCAGGCGGAAGAAGAAGGACUGUAAAAUCAGAAGAAAAAUGGACGAAGAGAACAACUUCCUGGCGUGUCCAUUCUCCUUUCAAGAACUCCAGAGUGCCAUCGAGGAAAUGAAAAUCAACAAGGCAGCCGGACUCGAUGACAUAAGACCUGAACAAAUCAAACACUUCGGGCCUAAAACAAAAGCGUGGAUACUCGCGGUAAUAAAUAGCUGUGUCAAAGAGAUGCAAAUUCCCAAACUCUGGAGAAAGUCUCGAGUUGUUGCCCUUCUGAAGCCUGGAAAAGACCCGACAGAAGCUUAA